AUGGUGCAAAGAGCCUUUCAAGCGGAUGCGGCCUAUGUCGGAACAGCGAUGAUCACGAUUCGAGUCGGCUCCGGCAAACAAAAGUCUGACUUCAGCCUUCCUGAGAAACUAGUGCGUGAGGCUUCUCAGUUCAUCGAUGCGGCGAUGAAUGGCGCAUGGCUGGAAUCACAGGGACGCGUCAUAUUGCUGCCCGACUUCGAUCACGACACUUUCAGUAUCUACUUCCAAUGGCUUUUGACUGGUAAACUACACAGCAAGCAGCGAUAUACCAAACCAACCAUACCAAUCACAGCAACUUACUGGUCCUUGAACUUCGAGAUUGUGGCAUUGGGGGAGCUUGUUCGUCUGGCUCAUGACCUGCUCGAUACCGAUUUCAGAGACACUCUCAACGAUGGAAUCAUUCAGUGUGCUGCUGAGCUACAGCGUUUCAAAUUGGGUUUCCCCGCGUAUCAAGGAUCGUGCUUCUAUGAUGAUACUCCGUGUGGGUCUCCGACCAGGCAGCUCAUCAAAGAUCUCUGCGCAUGGACAUCGGACGAGUGCAUGAUCGGGUCAAUGGGCAAGAGUAAAGAAGACAGACAUCCCGACUUCAUCAUGGAUCUGCUUCAAGCUGUGACUUGGAGAUUCAUGUCCAGCAACCCAGGAACAUCGCCGCUUGAAGGCUGGGAGACAAGCUGCAAGUAUCAUUGUCACGGCAAGGAGAAGCCAUGCUACAGGAAGAAGUCCACAAGAUCUAGCGAGCCUACGAAGAAGCGCGCAGUGCCGGAUGACACCGAGCCACAACCCUCAAAGCGACGAGCAUAA